GAUUGAACUGAUUGGGAUUGAACUGACCUCAGAUCUGUGAGGCUGACGCUCUAACCAGUCGGUCACCGUGACGCUUGAUUUUAUUUAUUAUACUUUUAUUUUUUUUGUGUUGCACACCACACACAAAACCAGAUCACACACAUGCAUGCAAAGAGAUCUUGAGGGGGCACACAAACUGGCGCAACUCUUGAGCUAUGGGUUUGGGUAUCUGUGUUGCUCUAGGGCCCCUCAACAGAAGGCCUUACAUAUGAGCUGCUGCUACUCAGCUCUUAAGGCCAAGGCAAUUCAUUGUAAAACAUGAUAGAAUCAUGACGCAUACACCACUGAACUUCGUAUAUGAUCCCCAGCAUGACAUUCCAAUAACAAUGGCAUGACGUGGCAUUUGUGAGCCUUUAUGGACUAUGUUAUGGUCUUGUUUUCCACAGCGAAGAUGCUCAUUGGUUCAGAUGGAAUGACUCAAAGCAGAGCAGAAUAAAUAGAAUUCUCAAUGUGACAGUUAUUAUUGUUGCUAUAUUGUAUCUUACUAAGGCAUUAAAAAGCCUUCAGAAACAUCACAUUGUCCAAAUUUUUAAAGAAUUUAUUAACAAAUUAUGGUGGAAGAUAAGUAUUUGGUCACCUACAAACAAGCAAGAUUUCAGGCUCUCACAGACCUGGAACUUCUUCUUUAAGAGGCUCCUCUGUCAUCCACUCGUUACCUGUAUUAAUGGCACCUGUUUAAACUCAUCAGUAUGAAAGACACCUAUCCACAACCUCAAACAGUCACACUCCAAACUCCACUAUGGCCAAGAUCAAAGAGUUGACAAAGGACACCAGAAACAAAAUUGUAGACCUGCACCAGGCUGGGAAAACUGAAUCUGCAAUAGGUAAGCAGCUUGGUGUGAAGAAAUCAACUGUGGGAGCAAUUAUAAAAAAAUGGAAGACAUACAAAACCACUGAUAAUCUCCCUCGAUCUGGGGCUCCACGCAAGAUCUCACCCUGUGGGGUCGAAAUGAUCACAAGAACGGUGAGCUAAAAUCCCAGAACCACACGGGGGGACCUUGUGAAUGACCUGCAGAGAGCUGGGACCAAAGUAACAAAGGCUACCAUCAGUAACACACCACGCCGCCAGGGACUCAAACCCUGCAGUGCCAGACGUGUCCCCUUGCUUAAGCCAGUACAUGUCCAGGCCCAUCUGAAGUUUUCUAGAAAGCAUUUGGAUGAUCCGGAAGAGGAUUGGCAGAUGGUCAGAUGAAACCAAAAUAGAACUUCUUGGUAAAAACUCAACUUGUUGUGUUUGGAGGAGAAAGAAUGUUGAGUUUCAUCCAAAGAACACCAUACAUACUGUGUAGCAUGGGGAUGGAAACAUCAUGCUUUUGGGCUGUUUUUCUGCAAUGUGACCAGGACGACUGAUCUGUGUAAAGGAAAAGAUUGAAUCAUGUAUCAUGAGAUUUUGAGUGAAAACUUCCUUCCAUCAGCAAGCGCAUUGAAGAUGAAACGUGGCUGGGUCUUUCAGCAUGACAAUGAUCCCAAACACACCGCCCGGGCAACAAAGGAGUGGUUUUGUAAGAAGCAUUUCAAGGUCCUGGAGUGGCCUAGCCAGUCUCCAGUUCUCAAACCCCAUAGAAAAUCUUUGGAGGGAGUUGAAAGUUUGUGUUGCCCAGCGACAGCCCCGAAACAUCACUGCUCUAGAGGAGAUCUGCAUGGAAGAAUGGGCCAAAAUGGGCCUUGUGAAGACUUACAGAAAAUGUUUGACCUCUGUCAUUGCCUACAAAGGGUAUAUAACAAGGUAUUGAGAUGAAAUUUUGUUCUUGACCAAAUACUUAUUUUCCACCAUAAUUUGCUAAUAAAUUCUUUAAAAAUCAGACAAUGUGAUCUUCUGGAUUUUUUUUCCUCAUUUUGUCUCUCAUAGGUGAGGUGCAACUAUGAUGAAAAUUACAGGCCUCUCUCAUCUUUUUAAGUGGGAGAACUUGCACAUUUGGUGGCUGACUAAAUACUUUUUUUGCUCCACUGUAUGUCCUGGAAUUGUCUACUUUCCCCAGACUUAAUCAAUAUAGGAACUAAAAAGUUUAUCUAUUGUUGCAAAGUUUUUUCUCUUUACUUUUUACAAGUUGCAUCCUCUCCCCUGAAGUCAUUUGGAUGAUAAAUGGUAGGCUUUACACAAUCAGGAUUUUGGGGGCCGAUCAGCGAACUUAAAAAAACGAUAACCGAUCCGAUCACAUGAUGCACCGGUGACCACCAACACAUGUUUUUCACACAUCACCAUGGUAACGAGUGUAUCCGGUCACGUUUGCAUUGACACGAGGAAGAUCGGGAAAAAACAGGAUGCGGUGGUAUCGGAAUACAAGAUUUUAUUGUAGUAGUCUGACAUGGUGCAAUCGUGAAGGAGCAAAUUUGUCUUGUAGUCUGAUCCGCGGAUUACGUGUUGUCUCUCUCAGACGUGUUGUCUGUUCCACACCGCCGACAUGUUUUUAAAUUUUUUUAAUUUUUUCUUUUUUAAUAACUUCAUUGGCCGUCAGAUAUUUACAGGACUACGCCAAAAGACUAAAAAUAAUAUAUAAUAACAAGGCUAAAAAUAAACUAGCUUUUGGAUUCAAAUAUACUGGGCACGAUGGCGACACGGAGUAAAUGUCGUCAUUGAUCGGAUCGGCGAAUUAUGAUAUUAAGGCGGAUCAGCCGAUCAGCAUAAAAUGCUAAUUAUCGGCCGAUACCGAUAAGGCCGCUAAAAUCGGUGCAAAGUCUAAUAAAUGGUACAUCUCGCAUUGUUUGCAUUGGAUUUUACACCACAAAUUAUGUAACCUUCACAGCCAACAAGCCAUUGUUGUAACCCGAUAGGCACUCCCAUUGAACGUUUAGCAGAUAUUGUUUCAUAAUUUAUGUUGUUUAUUAUAUUAGCAUUGUGGACUUUGGUAUUUACAUUCACUUCACGUGUCCAUUGAGCUAGCACUCUCAUCAAAAGUCAGCUGAGUUUUGGGCAAUGUGUUGUUAUAAAAUACAUAAUCAUUAACCUCUGGUCCAUCCCCGGCAGGUUCAUUUCUGCACAGUAACUGCAGCAGUGUUCACGUUUAUGAUGACAUUCACAUGUGGGUCAUGUAAUAUUGAGGAUUUGUAUGAAGUGGGCCGCUACAAAACGGACACACGCACACAUUCACACAAGCAGAAAGUCAUCUGUGUUGCAUUACCAUGAAAAUAAGCACAUGGAAGGACACUGCUACAAAACAAAAGCACUUUGUACAAAGCAGCAAUUAUUUUAUAUCCCAUUGCUUACGUGAAUUUUGAAAACAGAAAACAUGGGUUGAGCUAAACAGUCCCCACCCCUCUCUCAUUUUAAAGCAAUCUUUCCUUUCAGGCUUUCUGUAGCCCUGAAGAAGUGAGUUUGAUUGCAUGGCUUCUUGAGUUUAUUCUGAUAUGACAGUUCCUGAAAUGUGCUUAAUGGUGCAAAGAGGUGGAAAAACAACAGGAAGGGGAGGAGUGGGGGCUAAUGAGCUCAUCCCCCUCCCAUUCCCUGAAAAACAUUCAAUUUUGGGCAGAAAGCAUUCCUCUCUUGCAUGCAAGGACAAGUCCCUCUCUUUCUGUCUGUCAUUUGCUCUCUCUCUCUCUCUCUCUCUCUCUCUCUCUCUCUCUCUCUCUCUCUCUAUUUGACUCUCUUUAUGCAAUUGUCUCCAUGAUCAGUUGAACUUUAGACACAUUUGUGAGUGGAGGAGUAUUCAUGGACUGACUGGUGCGAGCUGAAUUCUCUUAAUGACUGCAGUAUUUUAGUUUUGUCAUUCACCCCCAACAAGUAGGUUCUAUGUGUGAAUGGGCUUGAAGACACCCACGAGGAUAAUCAUCUGACUGAACCGUUUUGGUUGUGAAUCUGUUCUUAUCACUUUUUGUGCGCACAAGUUUUGCCUUCAGUUUUAAAAGACUCAUGGCUCAAAGUCCCUCAAACGUCAUAUCCGGCCAUUGUCAUCCCGUGGGCGGGCAUGAGAGAGUGAGGAGCUCUUGAGUGAAGCCACAGGGGUUUAGGCGUCAGAAGUUGACCGGUCUUCCAAGGUUCGCCUGAGGAUAUCUGUGAGGACCAUGUGCGCUGUUGUCCUGGAGGAGUACUGUGGGUCUGUCUUCUGGAACUCCUCAUACGUUGAGAGAGAGGAUCCAGACUUGCCAGUAUGUUUGGAACAGACGGUAUUGGUGUGGAUCCCAUUGGGCUUCCUGUGGCUCUGUACCCCGUGGCACCUGCUGGCUCUCUGCAGAAGGACAAAGGACAUCAGAUACAUGUCCAAACUCUAUAUCGGCAAACAGCUUGUCGCAUCCCUGCUGUUCCUCACUGCCAUAGCAGGCCUGGCCAUCACUUUAGGAGAAGACUUCAGUCCAAGCCAAGAGAAACCUACACCAGAAAAGAAUCCUAUGGUGUACUAUACCAACCCCGUCAUUUAUGCUGUGUCAUGGGUUAUGGUGCUGCUGUGCCAAGAAGGGUUACGACGGAGAGGAUCAGUAGAUUCUGCCACUCUCUUCCUGUUCUGGUUCCUUGCAGUUCUGUGUGAUCUUUUCCCUCUGCAGACCAUCAUACGAGAGGCACUCAGGCAGGGAGAGUUUGUUGACCUCCCUCGAUUCUGCCUUUUCUGCAUCGCCUUUGGCCUGGAAGUGAUUGCACUCAUCCUCUCUGGUGUGGCGGACAUCUCUCCAGAAGCCAGGGAGGUUGUGAAAAAGAAUCCAGAGGCAGGUGCACCAUUUUUUCACAGAAUCACAUUCAACUGGUUUAAUAGUAUGGCGAUAAAAGGGUACAGGCAGCCCCUGGUUCAGGAGGACAUGUGGGCCCUGAAUGAGGAGGACACCACGGGUUACAUCAGCCAUCAUUUCCAGCAGUUCAUGCAGAUAGAGUUUGCUGCAGCCCGGCAUCGCUAUCAGAAGAGGCUCGCCAAAAAACAAAUCAAGACAUCCCAUAAUGAAGCAUUUAUAAAUGGACUCUCCAGUGGUCUGGGGAAAGGCGUUAGUCAGGACGUGUUGAUGAUGGAUGAUAGAGGCAAGAAAGAAGACAAAAAAGAAAAGAAAACCAAGAAAAAGAAGGAAGAAGAAAACUAUCCCACCUCAUGGCUCAUACCCACCAUCUACAAGACAUUUAAAUGGAUUUUGCUUGAAUCGGCCUUCUUCAAACUUCUGCAGGACCUGCUCUCUUUUGUCAGUCCUCAGCUGCUAAAGUUGAUGAUCACUUUCACUCAGGACAAAAGCAGUUAUGCGUGGGAAGGUUACCUAUUUGCGGUGUUGCUUCUGGUGGUGGCCCUCCUGCAGUCUCUCUUCCUGCAACAGUACUUCCAGCGCUGCUUUGUGCUGGGAAUGAAGGUCCGGACAGCUAUCAUGGCUGCCGUUUACAAAAAGGCGCUGGUGGUGUCUAAUGACACGCGUAAAGAGUACACGGUCGGCGAAACGGUGAACCUGAUGUCUGCCGAUGCCCAGCGCUUCAACGACGUGACAAACUUUAUCCACCUGCUGUGGUCCUGCCCCCUGCAGAUCGCCCUGUCCAUCUUGUUCCUGUGGCAGGAGCUCGGAGCGUCCGUUUUGGCUGGACUUGCAGUCAUGAUUCUCAUGGUACCAAUUAAUGGACUGCUAGCCACUAAGGCUAGAAAAUUCCAGAUCGAGAAUAUGAAAUUCAAAGACAAAAGACUGAAAAUCAUGAAUGAAAUACUCAAUGGGAUGAAGAUUCUGAAGCUGUAUGCAUGGGAGCCAUCCUUCCAAGCUCAGGUACAAGGCGUCAGAGGCCAAGAACUGAACGUCAUGAAGAAGUUUGCCUACCUCACAUCUGUCUCCACAUUCAUUUUCAGCUGUGCUCCAGCUUUGGUGUCUUUGGCCACCUUUGCAGUGUUCGUAGGUGUGAGUUCAGACAAUGUGUUGACUGCUGAAAAGGCGUUCACUUCCAUCUCUCUCUUCAACAUCCUUCGAUUCCCUUUGGCCAUGCUCCCCAUGCUCAUUGCUGCCAUUGUGCAAACAACGGUGUCCAGAAAGCGCCUUGAAAAGUUUUUGGGAGGCGAAGACCUUGAAAGUGAUGUAGUGCGCAAUGACACCAGCUUCUGUUCUGCUGUUAAUGUAUGCGACGGUUCCUUUUCAUGGCAAAAAGAUGGCAAGCCGCAGCUUAAAAAUGUGAGUUUGGACAUCAAGGCGGGUCGGUUGGUUGCAGUCGUGGGAGCUGUCGGCUCGGGCAAGUCCUCUCUGAUGUCAGCCAUUCUGGGAGAGAUGCAUAGCACCAAAGGCUUCAUCAACAUUCAGGGUUCUCUUGCCUUUGUACCGCAGCAAGCAUGGAUCCAAAAUGCCACCCUGAGGGAUAACAUUAUGUUUGGCUCUGCCCUCGAGGAGAAGCGAUUCCAGGAGGUGAUCCAGGCCUGUGCUCUGGCUCCAGACCUGGAGCUUCUUCCUGGAGGUGACAUGACUGAGAUUGGGGAGAAAGGGAUCAACCUGUCAGGAGGUCAGAAGCAGCGUGUGAGCUUAGCCAGGGCAGCUUACAGUCAGGCUGAUAUUUAUCUGCUCGAUGACCCCUUGUCUGCUGUGGACUCUCAUGUGGGGAAGCAUCUUUUUGACAAAGUGAUCGGACCUAAUGGAAUACUCAAAGACAAGACUCGUAUACUGGUGACUCAUGGAGUGAGCUUCCUGCCUCAUGUGGAUGAAAUUGUGGUCCUGGUCGACGGAGUGAUUUCCGAGGUUGGAUCCUACAACAGCCUCCGUGCUAGCAAAGGCGCCUUUUCCGAAUUUUUGGACACGUAUGCCAAAGAGCAGAAUAAUAAUAAAAAUUCCCCCAAAUCUGAGUCCGAGCAUGGCCAGGGUCUUGCAGAUGAGGACAUGGUCCCAGAAGGAGCUGACACCCAACCAGACUCCCCGUUGGAAGACACUGUAACUACAACUCUGAAGAGGGAAAACAGCAUCCGCCGCAGCCAGCGCAACAGCAGUUUUAAAGCAGCAGGAAACGGCUCUACAAGGAAAUCUGAAAAUGCAGGAGAAACAAACAAAGGCCAAAGGCUAAUCGAGAAGGAAGCUAUGGAAACAGGACAGGUGAAAUUUUCAGUUUACCUCCAGUACCUGCGGUCCAUGGGCUGGGGAUAUACUUGCACAGUCUUCCUGGUGUACUUCAUCCAGAACAUUGCAUUCAUUGGCCAGAAUAUCUGGCUCAGUGACUGGACUAAUGACGCAGUGGAGUACUACAACAUAACAUACCCAGCAGGAAAGAGUGACACCAGGGUGGGAGUAUUUGGUGCUCUGGGAGUGGUUCAGGGCCUCUUUGUGUUCCUUGGUACACUGCUUCUGGCCAAUGCCUCCGUUGCAGCAUCUCGAAUCCUGCACUCGAGGCUGCUCAACAACAUCUUGCGUGCUCCAAUGCUCUUCUUUGACACCACACCGAUCGGAAGGGUGGUCAACCGCUUUGCAAAGGAUAUAUUUACAGUAGAUGAGGCCAUUCCACAAUCAUUCCGCUCUUGGAUCCUGUGUCUGUUGGGGGUGCUGGGGACUCUUUUUGUCAUCUGUCUGGCCACUCCUUUCUUCACCAUUGUCAUCAUUCCCCUGACGGUGGUGUACUUUUUUGUCCAGCGUUUCUACGUCGCAACAUCAAGGCAGCUGCGCCGGCUCGACUCAGUGUCUCGCUCUCCCAUUUAUUCCCACUUUGGCGAGACUGUGUCAGGCCUAUCUGUGAUAAGAGCUUACAGCCAUCAAGAGAGGUUCCUCCAGCACAAUGAAAUCACCAUGGAUGAGAACCUAAAGAGCGUCUACCCGUGGAUUGUGUCAAACAGAUGGCUGGCAAUUCGUUUGGAGUUUGUGGGGAAUCUGGUGGUUUUUUUUGCUGCUCUGCUUGCAGUUAUUUCCAGAGAUAGUCUGGACAGCGGCCUGGUUGGCCUGUCCAUAUCCUACUCCCUUAACGUAACACAAACCCUGAACUGGCUUGUUCGGAUGACGUCAGAGCUGGAGACCAAUAUUGUCGCCGUGGAAAGAGUGAGUGAGUACAGCGUCAUUGAAAAUGAGGCAAAGUGGGUGACUGACACUCGGCCAACAGAGAAUUGGCCUGAGGCAGGAAGACUGCAGUUCGAAAACUACAAGGUCCGUUAUCGACCCGGUUUGGAUCUGGUGCUGCAUGGCAUCUCCUGUGACAUUGGCUCCAGUGAGAAGAUUGGUAUUGUGGGCCGCACAGGAGCUGGGAAAUCCAGCCUGACCAACUGUUUGUUCCGAAUCAUUGAACCUGCCGAGGGUCGUAUCCUCAUAGACGGGGUUGAUAUUUCCAAAAUAGGCCUACAUGACCUAAGAAAUAACCUCACUAUCAUACCACAGGAUCCAGUGUUGUUCUCCGGAACUUUGAGGAUGAACCUGGAUCCGUUUGACAGAUCCAGUGAUGAAGAAAUCUGGAGAGUUCUUGAGCUCUCUCAUCUCAAGGAGUAUGUGACAGGGCUGCAAGAGGGAUUGCAGCAUGAGGUUGCAGAAGGAGGAGAGAACCUGAGUGUUGGACAGAGGCAGCUUCUGUGUUUGGCUCGGGCACUGCUCAGGAAGUCCCGCAUAUUAAUUCUGGACGAGGCUACAGCAGCUGUGGACCUGGAGACGGACAACCUGAUCCAAACAACCAUCAGGAAAGAGUUUGCACACUGCACCGUUCUCACCAUUGCCCACCGCCUGCAUAGCAUCAUGGACAGCUCGAGGGUGAUGGUGCUCGAUGCCGGUAGGAUAGUGGAGUUUGAUUCUCCGAGUAGCCUGCUUGAAAAAAAAGGUGAUUUCUAUGCCAUGGCAAAGGAUGCAGGGAUAACACAAGCAGAAAUCACAAGUCUAUGAUUUUCUUUUCUUUUUUAAUGCUAGUUUGUGUAAAUUGCUUUUGAAGUUUGAUUUUCUAAAGGUUGUAUUGUGCGUUCAGAGAAAUGCUUUUUUUUGUGUAUAUUGUAAACACAAUCAUAUUUGAAGUGGAAAUAAUUUUGUAUAUACAGA